UUGCCAGGCAGGUUACCGUGUGAGAAUUUAUUGACUACUCAGAUUCACCAGCACUGUUGUUGGUAAUUUGUCAAAUAAGCCUGACUUUGCUUCCUACCUGGGCAGUGGCAAUCCAAGUGCUUUAUUCCAAUCUUUUAUCUUGUUUGUUUGUUUGUUGUUCUUGUUUAUUUUGUUUCGUUUAUCUAUCUCUCUAUCUCUCUAUCUCUAUCUCUUUUUUGAGACUAAGUCUCACUAUGCUUGGCCUGGAACUACCCAUAUAGACAACACUGUUGUGGAAAUUGAAUGAAAAACAAAUGAAAACAUGACUGCCUCUAGGUGUGGUGGGGGAGAAAGUUUAUUAUAGAUGGGAAAGCAUAGCCAGAGUCAGACCCAGGGACAUCUGGUAAAGUCCAGAGUGACAAGAGAGGGGAGCGGAAGGGAGAAAGGAGAGAGCAAGGCACAGGCAGCCCAGCCCCAGAGCUGCAGAGUUCUGGGUAGGGGGCGUGGACUGCGAGGCAGGAGGGUCCUGUAACAGGUAGACUGUGAGAUGCUGGAGAACCUGGCGGCCAGGUCCCCUUCGAUGUGUUAAAUAGGCUCCUUGGUCAUUUGUCCUGGGUUUGAAACCAGACAAGUCCGUCUGCUUCCACCGGGCCUCCAGAGUACUGGGGCUAAAACUUCCGUGCCACACUCUUGCCCGUGUAUCCCAGUAUGGUUGUUAUGUCCGUUUGUUUGUUUUUUGAGACACUGUGUAACUAUUUUGUACUAGCUGGCCUGCUACUCCCCAUGUAGGUAGGGGAGGCUGACACUGAACUCACAGAGCUGCCUGCCUCUGCCUCCUAAGAACCAGGAUGAAAGAUGUGCACUACCACGCCUGCCCUUUAUCCCAGUUUGAAUCACCAACACUAUCCAGCAGAUCACACAGUGAUGGACAGCCCAGGUUACAGAAUGGCUAAGAAAUGGUUGAAGAGGCUGCAGAGAUCACAGGCUGUCCUGAAGUCACAGGCAGAGAGAGAGCUGAGGCAGGGCUAAGGGGAAGUCUGUAGGGACCAGACCAGAAGUGCCAGCAGUGCAGGUGCGGAGAUGCCUGCGUAGACUGACACAUGACUGUUCUCUGGUAUGAUUAGAGGGAAGGUUUUUAUUGUGGACAUGAAAGAGAACAGCCUGGGGUUAUCUGGAAGAGUUCAGAGCAGGGAGAGAAAGUAGACUGGACAUGGCCAGCAGACCGGACAUGGCCAGGGUUAUCUGAGAGAGAGGGGAGAAUAAUGGAGUUACAGAAUAGAGAGACCAUAGUGAGAGAAGCAGGAUCACAGCAUAGAGAGAGAAAAUUCCCUGCAAGAAUAGCUGGUUUAGAGGUUCAGUGGAGGAAGGGAAGCCCAUGAACUGCAGGAAGUUUAGGAUAAGGGAGGUGGUGGGGAUCAGAUGCUAGCUUGGACUUUGAAAUGUGUAACAGGUACUUACGACACCAGCAUGCCUUUCAUAUGUUAAUAGGUGCAACAGGCAACCAGCCGCCUGCCAGAGGUAAGGGAAAUGCCUCCUUUUGGUAGAGGGGAACUGGCUUCCCAGGUUCCUAAGGAAUACUGGCUUUGAUCUCAUGGCCAGAAAUGCUCCUCUUUUCCAGGUUGAGCUCUUUGGACUGUUUUAUGGAGUUUGGGUAUUGGUGUUUCUUUUGGAUCUGACAUCCCAGACUUUUGUUAAUGGAGUCAGUGAACUUUGAGGAUGUGGCUGUGAAGUUCACCAAGGAGGAGUGGGCUCUGCUGGAUCCAUCCCAGAAGAAGCUGUACAAAGAUGUGAUGCAGGAAACCUUGAGGAACCUGGCUGCUAUAGGAAACAAGUUGGAAAACCAGAAGGUUGUAAAUGAGUGUGAAAAUCUCUGGAGAAAACUAAGAAGCCAAUUGGUAGAGAAAUUCUGUGAAUAUAAAGAAAGUCUUCAGAGUACAGAACUCUUCAGCUGUAUUCCAGAGCUUUCUGUGAACCUGAAAUCUUGCCCAGGACUUCCCACAUGUGAGAAGCAUGUGUGUGGAGAAGGGAGCAUUGGCCAGUCAUCUCUAGGUGCACCCCUAAAUCAUCAGGUAGGACCCAAACCUCAUGAAGACCAGGAAUAUGGACAGAAGGUGUAUAAACACAAGGAGUUUGGGGGCAGCUCCCGUUCUUCUCUGUCCCUUCGGACACAUAAAAGUGCUCACACUGGAGAGGAACCUUCUAAAAAUAAGGACUACAAACAAGACCUUCCUUGUUUCAGACCUGAUCAAAGCUAUGAACAACAUGACCAAGCAAAGAAGUCUUAUGCAUGUAAGCGAUGUGGGAAAUGCUUCUCAUAUCUCAGUUUCUUAAAAACACAUGAAAAGAUUCAUUGUGGUAAAAAUACCUAUGUGUGUGAACUGUGUGGGAAAGACUUUGUUAGGUUAGGUUACCUUAUCAGACAUAAAAUAACUUACACUGUUGAGAAGUCAUUGGUAUGUAAUCGUGGUGCGAAGCCCUACACAUGUAAUCAGUGUAGAAAAAGUUUUUCUCGCUCUACUUCCCUUCGAAGACACACACGAAUCCACACUGGAGAGAAACCCUAUGUAUGUAAACAAUGUGGGAAAGGAUUCAUUACUUCUAGUAACCUUCAAGUACAUGAGCGAACUCACACUGGGGAAAAACCUUAUGUAUGUAAGGAGUGUGGGAAUGCCUUUAGGCUUUUGAUCCAAUUGCAAAAGCAUGAAGUAAUUCACAGUGGUGUGAAUCCCUUUAUUUGUAAGCAAUGUGGGAAAAGCUUUACUUCUUCUGGUUCUCUAAAAACACAUGAAAGGAUUCACACUGGAGAGAGGCCCUAUGUAUGUGAGCACUGUGGGAAAACCUUUGGUUAUUCCAGUACUCUUAAAACACAUGAAAGAAUUCAUACUGGAGAGAGACCAUAUGCAUGCAAGCAAUGUGGGAAAACCUUUCGCUAUGCUUUUUAUGUUCAAAGACAUGAACAAAUCCACAAAAGAGAGAGGCCCUAUGAAUGUAAGCAAUGUGGGAAAGCCUUUCGUUAUGCUUUUUAUGUUCAAAUACAUGAACGAAUCCACAGCAGCAAGAGACCCUAUGAAUGUAAGAAGUGUGGGAAAGGCUUUAUAGCUUCGAAUCAACUGGAAAUACAUGAAAGAACUCACACUGGAGAGAGACCUUAUGUAUGUAAGCAGUGUGGGAAAGGCUUCUUGACAUCAUACCGUUUGGGAAGACAUGCACUGAUUCAUAGUAGAACAAAUAAAGAUGUUUGUAAAUAACAAGAGAAAGUCUUCUUUUGGUUAGCUCUUACAGAAAUCAAACUACAGGAGAGUGAAAGUUAAUGCUGAAAAUGUGGGAAAAUGUCAUAGUGGAGAGAUAAGAUUUUGGUUUGUUUGUUUUUUGAGACAGAGUUUUGCAAUGUAGUCCUGGCUGUCCUGGAACUCAUUCUACAGAC